AUGACAGUGAAGGAGGCGUUGGCGAGCUGGAAGGGCGAGGCGGUAGAGGCUGCCAUGGACGAGGAGAUCCGUAGCCUCAUCAGCAACGGCACGAGGAAGCUGGUCGAACGCCCGCGUGGGGUAAACAUCAUGAAGAACUGGUGGGUGCUGAUGACCAAGUACCGCAUCGACGACACCGUCGUGCGCGAGAAGGCGAGGCUGGUCGUGAAGGGCUUCACGCAUGUGUACGGCGCCGACUACGACGAGACGUACUCGCCGGUGGGCAGCUACGUCAUGCUGAGGAUCUUCCUCAGCAUCGUUGCCGUCCUCGACCUCAACCUGGUGCAGCUCGACCUGAAGAACACUUUCCUGCAGAGCAAGCUCGACCGGGUGCUGUACAUGUACCAGCCGGACUACUACAACGACGGGACCGGCCGGGUGUGCAAGCUACUGAAGAGCCUCUACGGGCUGAAGCUGUCACCGCUGGUGUGGUAUAUGGCUCUCGACGGUGUGCUGCUGGGGGCAGGAUGGAAGAAGACCCAGGCCGACGAGGCGCUCUACUUCAAGGUCGGCGACGACGGAGUGACCUGCUGGGUGCUGGUCUACGUCGACAACCUACUCGCCGCCAGCAGCAGCACCGUGAUGCUGAAACGCUUCAUCGACGAGGAGCAGAUCAGGCGCAUCCAGAAAACACCGGUCUCGGUCGACGCCUAUGCCGAGCUGACAUUCGACGACGAGGAGGCGCAGGAGCGCAAGGAGGAGUACCGGCAGAAGGUCGGCUCGCUGCAGUUUGCGGCGACGACGACGAGGCCGGACAUCGCCUGCAGCAAGCUGAGAAGCGACCUCACGGUGAGGAGCGACCAGCACUGGCGCGAGGUCAACCGUUGCCUCGCCUACCUCGCCGACACCCGCGACACCGCCCUGGAGUUCGGCAGUGGACCAGAGUCACUGAAGCUGGUCGGCUACGUGGACGCCGACGACGGCGGCGAUAAGCAGAACCGGACGAGCACGGGCUGCUACGUGUUCGUCUACGGAGGGGCCGCAGUCUCCUGGCCGAGUUCGCGCAUCAAGUGCGCGACAUUGUCGUCGACCGAGUCGGAGUACGUGGCGGCCACGGACGCUGGCACGGAUGGACGCCGACUCGGCUUCCUCCUUGCGGAGUUCCAGCAGCUCGACGCUGGAAAGCCGACUGUCCUUCGGGUGGACAAUGAGUCGGCCAUCACGGUCGUUGAGGGCUUGGGGCUGAUGGGCAACCUCAAGCACAUUGAGCAACGCUACUCGUGGCUGCAACACAUGGGAGCCCAAGCGUGA